AUGCCUGUGAAGCAACCAUUUGGGGCCUGUGCUGUGAGCAUUGAGUGGGAGGAUGAAGCUUUGAUGGGAAUCUGGAAUGAUCUUUUGCAACUUCAGAAUCUUUGGAUGACAAAAAAGUGCCUUCCAAGAAUUAAUGGCUUUGCUGUUGUAAGGCCCCCAGGCCAUCAUGCUGAAGAAUCAACAGCCAUGGGGUUCUGCUUUUUUAAUUCGAUUGCAAUUACUGCCAAAUACUUGAGAGACAAGCUAAAUAUAGGCAAGAUAUUGAUUGUAGAUCUGGAUGUUCACCAUGGCAACGGUACACAGCAGGCUUUUUAUGCUGACCCCAGCAUCCUGUAUGUUUCCCUCCAUCGCUAUGAUGAAGGCAACUUCUUCCCCGGCAGUGGAGCCCCAAAUGAGGUUGGAAGUGGCCCUGGUGAAGGGUAUAACAUAAAUAUUGCUUGGACAGGUGGCUUGGAUCCUCCUAUGGGUGAUGUUGAGUAUCUCACAGCCUUCAGGACUGUGAUUAUGCCAGCUGCCCAUGAGUUUGAUCCAGAGAUUGUCCUGGUGUCAGCAGGAUUCGAUGCCGUGGAAGGCCACGACCCUCCACUGGGCGGGUACAAAGUCACAGCUAAAUGUUUUGGUCACCUAACCAAGCAAUUGCUGAAGCUAGCGGAUGGCCGCGUUGUGCUGGCACUGGAGGGAGGACACGACCUUACUGCCAUCUGUGAUGCAUCUGAAGCCUGUAUAAACGCCCUUUUAGGAAAUGAGCUGGAGCCUCUCCCGGAAGAUAUUGUACACCAAAUCCCCAAUAUGAAUGCAAUAGCUUCUUUAAAAAAGACCACUGAAAUUCAAAGCAAGUACUGGAAGUCAGUGGAGCCAUACUCCGUGCCAGUGGAUUGUGCUCUGGCUGAGUCUCAGAAACGAGAGAGGGAGGAGACAGAAACAGUAUCUGCUAUGGCCUCUCUUUCGGUGGAUGUUGAGCAGUGCAUCCCUCAGGAAGGCAGCAGAGCUGCUGGCGAGCCCAUGGAAGAAGAGCCAGCCUUGUGAAGUGCCAAGUCCUCCCUGAUAUUUCCUGUGGGUGACAUCAUUGUGUAUCCCCCCAAAGCACCCUCAGACAUGUCUUGUCUGCUGCUUGGGUGGCACGGAUCAGAUGGAGCAUAAACACUGGGCACAAAACUCUGAAUAGCAGCUUCACUUGUUCUUUGGAUGGACUUGAAAGGGCCCUACAGAUUCCUUAAAUGUAACCGCUACAAUUCUAGAGUUACAGUAAAACGGGCUUGGGAGAAAGAGCCUAAAGCAUGCUUUUUAUAUGCUGUUAGACCCACUCACCAACGUAAAUUGUGAAAUCGAGUAUUGCAAAAUUCUACGUGAUAGAUUUUAGAUAUGAGAAUUGCGACAGCCAGUAAAAUACUCGGUAAACUCCAUGAAUCACUUUCUGACACUUUUUACUGGGUAAUUUUUUUUCUUACCGUGUUAAAUUGUUAAUAGAAUUUGUUUUCUUUGCUCUGUGUAAUGAAAAAAAACCCCUAUCUUUGUUUUAUGUGCCAUUUUUUAACCCCCUGUAAUGAGUUCUUAGCUGAAUAGGUGAAAGGUGUGUACAUUAUGAUGAGGGAUUUUAGCUAAAGGGAAAGUACUUCUAUUGUACUAUAAGUCCCCUGAAGUACUGUGCUUGGUGGUGUUUUAUUUUCUUUUCCCUUUUCCUGGCCAUCCCUUCCCAUUUCAUGUAAUCUUUUCUAUCAUAAAAACACAUUCAUGGUUCUCUAAAAUGAGCGAUCUGCCUUUAAAAAAAAAAAGUGCUUUACCCUCCGUAGUUGACAGUAGCUCUCUCGCCACAUGUGCAGCAGAGAUCAAGUAGUCUCCGACAAAAAAUGGAUGGUUUUUCAAAUGUGUUUUUAGUUUGUUCUGAAACGUUUCUGCGUCCUGACUCUAAGAGCAGCGAUCUUCAGCAACUGCGUGCAGCUCAUUUGAAGCUCAGGUGUUUCUGUGGAGGUUUGUGUUAGGGGUGUUUUUUACAGGUCGUCAUGUAAAUACGAACUGAUUCUUUUAUGUAGUCCUGCACCAAGAGAACUGAUGUUGCUUAAGAGGCUUCAAAGGGUUUAGGCUUUAUUUUAGAUCCCCAAAGUGCAGCAAGAUCUCCCUGCAAUGUGACUUUAGCUGUUUAAUUCCAUGUUUGAGAACGUAACAUAGAGUUGUGCCUUUAGCUGAUAAUGAACGCUUAAACUGUUACACGUGUUGCCUUACCGUCAGAGAAAGAGAUAGGGCAUGUAUGUAAGACUACUUCAAAUGAACAAAACUCUGCUACAGCAACUUUUAUUUUGUUUACAACUUUCUCACCUAAUGAACCCUGGGAGAUACCUUGAAGUACUCAACUUGCAGUAUUUGAUAGCUCGCUCGGCUUUUAAAAGCAAGUGAUGUUCAUUUUUAUAUAUUUUCCAAACUC